UAUUUGAUAAUCAACCACAAAUAAGACCAGUAAAGCCAAAUCAAGUUGAUCGACACGCCAACAUACCUUUAGCUCCCAUACCACAAAUACAGCCACAGCUGACACCUACAACGAUACCAGUACAAAAUCCUUACCUAAUGAGUUCAACUCCUACAACAGCAACAUGAAUCACAAAAUUCAAUGGAGGAAGAAGAGGAAGAACAAGAGCAGAAGGCGAUGGUGACACCACAAAAUGUUAACAACAAUAAUACUAUAACAGAUAGAGAUGACGACGAGGAUGAUACUGACUGUAGCGAAGAGUUCGUUGAUGCAACAGGUGUAUCUCAAGAAGACAUCGAGAGGGAAAAGCAUGAAGAAGCCACGAGGAAGAUUUUAAGAAAAUUAUCCAACAGAUUGAGCGGUGAACAUUUUUCAGGCAGUGUUGGAAGUUUACUUGCCAGUAUCCAACAACAACAACGACAACAAAGGCCUACCAUUAUAACAACGGGUGAAACAAUGGAAAAUGAAGAAAGAGAAGAUAACGAUGAUGGAUUAACUGAAUCUAUGUUGAAUUGGAAACGACAUAGUGACAGUAGUAGCAAUAAAAAACGUUUGCUAAUCAACAAACGAAUGUCUACAAGUAAUAGCAGUCUAGGAAGCAACCACAGUCAUGGUAGCAGUCAUAGUAAUAGCAGCAAGCGUGUAUCGUCUUCGAGUAGUUUGAAUAACAAACGGUACUCAUCUCUAAUGGAAAAACGUUUUUCAUCUAAAAGCAGUAUUAUUACAGCCAUUGACUUGUCAACUAUGCCUGCGACGCCACUACCACUCCCGCCACAACAGCCACAGCGAUACAUUACGCGUAAAAAAUCCGAAGCAAGUCUAUCAGUGCGCUCAAAUUCUCAUUCAUCCAUAUCAACCGUAUCGCAACUGCAGCAACAAAAAGAAAUUAAAGCAUUACGUGAGGAGACGGAACAAUUAUUGAUCGCUAGAAAGCCCGUAGUUCAAAACUCUACCCCUACUAUUUCUUCAUUACCAAAAUUAUCAUCACCACCGCAACAGCAGCAGAACGAACAGCAAAAGGAGAAUAAUAAAAGUGUGGUAAAAGAUAUAUCAGCAGAAUUUUCAAAAACGUUGGAUGAAGUAUGGAACGCAACCUCAGAUCAUGACUUGUUAAAUUUUGAUCACACAUUUACAAAGCAAUUUGAAAGUACUUUAAAAGAAACUGAAGUCCAUAAUGAUGAAGAAUACGAGACAGAGAGUCAAGAACACUGGGAGAAAGAAGAUGUGAAUGUCAACGAUGGCGAUAAUGAAGUAGAAGAAAGAGUAAGACAAACCGCCAUGUCUUUAUGGCAUACCAGUAACAACACCGAUACCUAUACUAAAGAUUAUGAUAGUAUGCGUGAAGAUAUCAGUAAUAGCACCGUAGGCCGAAGCAGCAGCAGUAGUCGCCAAAGUACGGCAACUAUUGAAAUAGUUGUAUCAAAAGAAAAGAUGGCUUCAUGGUUAGGACAAAAGGAUCCUUUUCAUCAAGCCGUUCUUUAUGAAUAUAUGCAGUUUUUUGAUUUCAAAGCAAUGCGUUUAGAUGGCGCAUUUAGAAAGCUUUGCAGCAAGCUUUAUUUUAAAGCAGAAGCCCAGCAGAUAGAUCGUAUUUUGGAAGCUUUUGCUCAACGUUACUGGGAUUGUAAUAGCUCAACCCAGCAAGCUUCUGUAUUUAGAAGCGCUGACGUUGUAUACGCCAUUGUUUAUUCCUUGUUACUCUUAAACACUGACUUACAUGUGGCACAAGGAAAUCAUGUUCGAAUGACGCGAUCUGAAUUUUUAAAAAAUACAAUGUCUACUGUACGCGAGCAACGUGAACAGCAACAAGAAGAGGUGGAUCAAGAGUUCAGAACCAUAGCAGAACGAAAUAAUCGACACACUAUGAUGGAAACCCGGCAAUGGGAAGCAGAAUUAGAGGCAUCCCUGAAAGAAAUGUACGUUUCCGUCAAGCAACAUCAAAUUCUCCAGCCUCUGAAUGGAAGCAGAAACGGUGGUGGAACUACAAGUAACAAACGAACGAGCAUUCUAUAUGGAAAUCGAAGUAAGGUACUGGGAUUAAAGCGCAGUGUCAAUUCAAUGAUACGAAAAUCUGCAAGAGAAAGUAUGUUAAUGUUUGAGCAGUUAGAGCAACAGCAGCAGUAUAUGCCAAGCAGUAUUAGUAAUCCUCAGCUUGUACGGUCAAGUAUAAGCACACCUUCUUCUUCUUUAUCCAUUACUCGAAAAGAUUCUUUUUCAUCCGUUAAUUCAGGCACGACUUCUUCGUUCAGUUCUCGUUGUGGUGGCACAGAUACCAAUGGAUCAGUACCUCAACAACAGUUCAACCAACUGCGUUUCAAAGAUAUUUCAUCAUCAUCUCCUCACCUCAGUAUGAAUGACUCCAUCCUAUCCUCACCUACCUCAUCCAAAUCAUUAACAUAUACAGAGCCUCCGUUUUGUAAACAAGGUAUUGUCAUUAGGAAGCAUUUGUUAGAAAAUGCUACACAAAAGGCUCGACAUCGAGAAUGGAAAGAGUGUUAUUUAGAAGUAUCUGAUGGUGAACUACGCAUGUAUGCACUUCGUAAUAACAAUCAGCAACAACAGCAACAACAACAGCAUCAGCUACUGCAGCAGCAAAGCGAUAAAAGUGUACUCCGUCAUUCUUCGGUCACUAUUCCUUCGUUGUUUCAAUAUUAUUACCAACAUCAACAAUUUCCUCACGAAGUGCCAAUGCGUCAUAGUAAUGGCAACCAUACAAACAGUCAUGCAUCGGCAAAAAAGCUCGCUUCUUCUGGAUCAUCUACUAAUAGCAGCAUCAAAAGUAGUCAUAGUGGAAAUUAUCAUAAAAACAGUAUUACUACUACUGCGGCUACUGGUACUAAUUCACCACCACAACAAAAAUCAAUUCCACAACAGCUCAUCUGUAAAAUAUCUCUCAAUCAUACUCUUUCAAACCCUCUACCCCCUCCCGGUUACAACCGUCAUCGCCCUCACGUUUUCGCCACUCAACAACCUGAUGGUGGCGUUUAUUUAUUUCAAGUACCUACUGAACAAGAUGCGCACGCUUGGGUGUCUGCAUGCAACUAUUGGGCUUCACGCAAAAGCAAAACUCCUCUACGUAUUGUGGGAGGAGGUAGUAAUAUGGAAUAUGGAUGGAACGACUGUUUACAUGAUGUCAUUAUGGAUCUUGAUAACGUGGGAGAUCAGAAAUAUAAUUACUUUAGUUUCUUAGAAAGGGAUCCGGAUACAAUUUCCAUCAACGACUGGCAUCCUCCACCCUCGCUAAGCCAGUUGCCUAGUGAACUGGAUGAAAAGAGUCAGCUUGCAAGUUUGCAGGAGUACUUGGAUGAGUUGAAUAGAGAUAUCAAUGAACAUAGAGACAUUAAACCUAAAAUGUUGAUCAAGUUCCCUACAAAAUGCCAGAAUUAUAAUAAGGUGAUGCGUAAUUGGGAAGCAAAAUCAAAAUAUUUGUUACAUGAAAUUAUCAAGUAUCAAAAUUAUUGUGAUGCAUUGGAAAAGAGUAUACAAUUGAAAGAAGGAAAACAAGCAGCAGCAGCAGCAACAGCAACAAUAACAACACUAACAACAGAAACAACCACAGAAUCCGAAGAUGAAGGCGAUAUAGCGUGCUCGGUAAACAGCCAUACUGAUCAGCACAAGAAUGGCCAUGAAAACAAACCUCAGGCCGUAGCUGACACUAACCUAUUAUCUUCUACCACUGAUGCAUCAACCAUAUUAACGAAAGAUACAUUGAAUUUUCAAACAACUUCUGUAGAUCUAUUCAAAGAGAUAAACGAAGAGCUUUCUAUAAACCUAGUAUAAAAUUUUCUCAACUUUGCAAUAAAAAAAGACGGAUUUGAAUGAAAAUUAAACAAAAAUACUUUCUUUUUUUUUGGGGCCCUGAUAUAAUAGAAAGA